AUGGGGAAAGCCGGUCGCGUUGCGUGUAUUUUCACGCCCUAUGUGUUCACCAUCGCCGCCUUGAUUUGCAUUAUCAUGGUCGGCCUGGGCUGCACCAACUCCACCUCGAACACUUUGAAUGAUUUGUACUUCCUUCGGGUCAACAUCCAGAACAUGAGCUCAGGCUCCGCAACAACACAGAAAAUCGACCAGAUCCUGAGCGAGAACCACAUCACCAAUGUCGACACCCAAGAUGUGCAAGACUUCCUGAAACAACUCCAGAACGGUAACAGCGAAUUGAAGGACUUCUACUCGAUUGGCCUGUGGGGAUACUGCGAUGGCGAGAUCAAUAACGGCAAGACCGACACGACCUGGUGCUCCAAGCCGACCAAGGCCUUCGCUUUCGACCCGAUCAAGGUCUGGAAGCUGAACGACUCCCAGGUGAAGAAUGAGCUUCCGGAGGACUACACAAAGCUCAUGAACGCCUACCGUGCCGUGGCCAAGUGGAUGUUUGCCGCGUAUGUGGUCGCCUUCGUCGCUACUCUCGUCGAGCUGCUGGUGGGCAUCUUCGCCAUCUUCAGCCGUUGGGGCAGCUGUGUGACCACUCUGGUCUCGCUGGUUGCUUUCUUCUUCACCGCCGCUGCCUCGGUCACCGCAACUGUCCUGUACUCCGUCAUGGAGGGUAGCGGCACCGCCGCUCUCAAGGCCUACGGUAUCAAGCUGGACAUGGGCAAGAACAUGUAUGCCGCCACCUGGCUCGCGACCGUCUUUGCCCUCGGCGGUGCGCUCUUCUGGACUUUCAGUGUGUGUUGCUGCUCGGGCCGCUCGCCUUACGGCCACCGUGAGCGCCACAACCGGGGUAGUGUGACGGCCGAGAAGGCCCCCUACACCUAUGAGCCGCUGGGUCCCACCGGACAGGGUCAGGUCCCCUACGGCCACCAACACACCACCUCCUACCCGCCCCCGCCUGUCCACGGCCACGACAUCCCCGGGACCAACCAGCGGUCGAACGCCUAUGAGCCAUUCCGUCACGUCUAA